AAGGAACGACAGAGAGGAAUCCAAAAGAAGUAAACUUGUACGCCCCGCGGAUACAAAGCUGAUCGGCGCAAAUGCCGCAUAUCGGAGCGGAGCCGGAGAAACGUUUCCCUUCGGUCUUUAUGAUCGAUCUGCCUCUGCGUGUUCCAGACGCGCCCCAUCUUACUCUCAAGGAUCAACAUUCCAACCCUGUGCCUGUCGAGAACUAAUUACCCCCUUGCGUCAACGAAUUUCUUCUGUGCGCUGGAGCUAGCGCGCGUCGUGUUCUGAUGGUAUGUUUUUUUGGUUUCCCGUCGAUCGACCGUCUGAACCUACCCUGUUGACAUGAAGCGCAAGCAACCAGACGCGGAGGAAGAGCGCCCUGUCUCGACGCCCAAGAGACAGCGGACGGCUACUGUUAAUGGAGACCGCCAUGGAUCGCCAGAGAUCACGCCGCUGAGGCGCAUCAAGACCCCCCAGAAAGCCAGCGCCCCGACCCCGGCUGCCUUGAAGGAAUCGGGGCUGAAGACACCAACCAACCGGUCUAAAGCCAAGGCCUUGUUCUCGACGCCAGCCAAGUCGGCGGCUCCUUCUACGCCGUCUCGAGCGAAAAAUGCGGACCGGUCUGCGAAGAAGAAGAGCGUUCGGCUUCUCCAGGAGCAGGUCAAUGACGACGAGGACGACUGGGAUGGGGCGGACCGUCUGGCAGAGGAAAUCUUAGACGACGAGGAUGCGGAUCCAACGAUAGAGAAGGAGAGUGGGGUGCUUGAUACGGUGGAAGCAGAGUCCGGAGAGCCAGCGAAAAAGGGCGCAGCGGCAACCCCGAAGCGUCGGGCUGGACGACCCAAGGGCGCAAGGAACAAGCGAUCUCCUACGCCUGAAGGCGACCUCCCUCCUCACGAGCGAUACUUUUUCCAGAACCGAGCCGGUCCUGCGCGAACGUCCAACACCACUCUCAAUAAACUGAACCUAUUGACACACGAGGAAUACUUCGAGAAGCUACAGGGAUACACGGACCCGUGCCAGAAAGAGAAGACGUUCCUGCAAGAACUCCAUCACCGGUCGUUCCCGCAGUGGGACUUUGAGUUCGACCAAGGGUUCAAUAUCUGCCUGUACGGAUAUGGCUCGAAGCGACAGCUUUUACAGCAGUUCGCGGAUUGGCACUACCACCGCCACAGCUCGUCCCCGCCAGCUAUCGUCAUGGUCAACGGCCAUACACCCGGCAUCUCUAUCCGAUCCAUCUUCGCGAUGGUCGUGACCGCCGUCCUGGGCGCUGACAUCCCAUCGAAGAUGGGGUUCCAGCCCGUGGAAGUCCUCGAACUGCUACAGUCCUCACUCAAGGCACGACCGUCCCAAAAGCCAAUCACAGUCCUCAUCAACUCGAUCGACGCGCCUCCUCUCCGCCGAGCCGCCAAUCAGGCCCUCCUCGCGCGUCUCGCAGCGACGCCUAAGAUUCACUUACUCGCGACGACAGACACCCCGAACUGCUCGCUGAUGUGGGACAUCAGUCUCCGCGACCAGUUCAACUUCGUCUUUCACGACUGCACGACCUUCAUCCCGUUCGACGGGGAGUUCGACGUCGUGGAAGAGGUGCACAGCUUGCUAGGUCGGAAGGGGCGUCGCAUCGGCGGCAAAGACGGCGUCGAGUUCGUGCUCAAGAGUUUGCCGGAGAACGCGCAGAACCUGUACAGACUGCUUCUCACGGAGCUCGUCUCGAUGUCGGAUGGGGGCCGUCUGUCGGACGAUGAGGACGCUGGUAAUGGCCGUGAGGAUGCCGCCAACAAGGACGAUCUGGGCAUCGAGUUCCGCAUGCUGUACCAGAAGGCUGCGGAGGAGUUCAUCGCUUCGUCGGAGAUGAUGUUCCGGACUUUGCUGAAGGAGUUCCACGACCAUCAGAUGAUCACGUCGCGGAUUGACACGAGCGGGAUGGAGAUCCUGGGGGUUCCGCUGUCGCAGCAGGAGAUGACGAGCAUGUUGGAAGAUUUGGUGUUGGCGUAGGACCUAAUUGCAAGUGCAAUUUGGCAAGAAAACGAAAGCAUGUAUAUAUGAUACCCUGUACACUAUUGGUACUAAAUUAAUUCCAUAAGAUUUGAAUUCUAGCCCUUCUUCAUGUCACCAGCGUAGGGCGGAUACCCGAAUAUUUUAUUCUCUCUCUUUGGUUCAAAACACCCACAACCUAUUCCACCUCCUACAUUAUAUUAUAGACCUAGAACUGCGC